UAAUCUGGGAGAAGAAAAGCUGUGUUGUAUAAAUCUACAUCCGGUUGGUUGGUUAUGCAUGCUGUGCGACGCUUUUGACAACACUUGCUUACUUUCACUAUCGUUGUAUCUCCGAUUUAAACAAAAACUGAAAGUAGGCUGUCCUUAAGCCUGGCCAUGUCAGAUUCCAGGGCAAAGCGGAGCCCUUAUGAGCAAGGGGAGCUGAAGCCCAGCCCUGAGGUGGUGAAGAAGAAAAAGUCCAGCAAAAAGAGCAAAAAAUCCCACAAGCUUCCUCCUGAGGCAAAGGUCCAUGUAAGAAAUGAUGAUGACGACGAUGUACAAAUCAUAGAAGCAGGUGACCAUGGGGAGGAGGAGGGGGGAAGCCUGACCAUCAAACCUCCUCAGGCGCACCCCAUGAGGCAGAAAGAGCGCAGCCACAAGCACAAAAAGGAGAAACACAGGAGUCGGGACCACAGCAUACCCAAGGAGAGGGUCAGACAAGAAAAAGCAGCAGCCUUUCAACAAAGAGGUUGGAAGUCCAAGGAACCGAACCCUCCACAGAGAGAUGCACGGGAAAUUGUGCGGGAGAGGAAGAAGGAGAGAGCCCUAAAAGAGAAGGAGAUUGCCAGGGAGAUGAAAGAGAGGGAGGCGAGAAAGAGAGAAGAAUCUAUUAAAGAAAGUACAGAAGUACUUUUACACAGGGAAAGACUGGAACGGAUGGAACUGGAAAGAAGGAGGGACAGACAAAUGAGGGAGGAGAAAGUCAUAGAAAAGCAGCCACAACCAAGACCAAUGAAGAGAAAAGAAGAGAGAGGACAUUAUCCUGACAGCAGACGUGAGAAGAUGAGGAAGGAAGAUAAAAUGCAGGGGGACCACCGAAGCAGAAGUCGUGACAUGUCUCGAGAGCAGGGGCAAGGUCGACAUUUCCCUCCCCCACCCAGGCUUCAGGAGGACAAAGGUCAGUGGGUGUAUGAGCUUGUUUCUGGUGCGAGUGAAAUUUUAGAAGUUGACAUAAGGGUGGAAAAAUCAUGGAGGUCUCUGUUUAAGAAAGAGUCCAAAAGGAGGCUGUCUCGAUCGCCGUCCCAGUCCCCAAGGUCAGAAGAGGAAAGACUCCGGCCUGGCUCUGAUCAGGAUACCAGGAUGGUGGUUGUGGAGGAUAAAGAUGAUGGCGUCUCUGACAAAUCCUUUGAAGAAAUGCCUGAGCGCAAGAGAGGGUCAGAGGUCAGCUCGUCUGGGAAAGGAGAUGUCCAGGAGGCUGAGGCUGACGAUGAGGAUGAUGGGGAGGAGGAGGAGAGUGAUGACUCAGACUCGGAUUCAGAUGAUUCGGAUUCAGACAGCAGCAGUGGAGAGGAGGAAGAGAGCAGCGAGGAAGAAGAGGAGGAAGAAGCUGAAGACAGAGAAGACAGCCCUGGGAAAAAUCUGGCAGAUGUCUUUAAAGAGGAUGCCAAGAUGGAGGAGACGUCUUCAGGCAAAGUGCGAUCCAAAUUUGACGAUCACUCAGACGUGGAAAGCAUUGGAGGUCGCUCUGACCGCAGCCAAUCAGACGAUUACAUGCCUGAGUCUCCGGAACUUUCUGACGUCGAGAUGAAGCCCGAGGAUAUGUUGCCACCCUAUCUGCCGGCCAUACAGGAGAUUGUGGUGGGCAGCAACAUGGACAAAAUCUACAUCGUGAUGGACUUUGUGGAGCACGACCUCAAGAGCCUGAUGGAGAGCAUGAAGAACCCGUUCCUCGUUGGUGAGUGGGAGAUUUUGGCCUGGCGAGAGAGUACGGGUCCCCGCUGCGGCACUACACACCUGUGGUGGUCACAUUGUGGUACCGCGCCCCAGAACUGUUGCUGGGAUGUAAGGAAUACUCAACCCAUGUGGACAUGUGGUCUGUGGGCUGCAUCUUUGCCGAGCUCCUGCUGAUGAAAGCCUUGUGGCCGGGCAAGUCGGAGAUUGACCAGCUCAACCGCAUCUUCAAGGACCUGGGCACCCCUACAGAGACAAUCUGGCCAGGUAUGUCGGAGCUGCCCGGCUGUAAGAAGGUCACGUUCAACAAUCACGUGUACAACGUGGUGCGGAACAGAUUCGGAUCCUACUUCACUGACCUGGGCUUUGACCUCAUGAACAAACUUUUCACGUACGACCCGUCCAAGCGUAUCACCGCGGAGGGAGGGCUGGAGCACGAGUACUUCUCCGAGUCUCCCCUGCCCGUAGACCCGUCCUUUUUCCCCACCUGGCCAGCUCGCAGCGAGGAGGGCAGGAAACACGCCAGCUCGCCCAAACCGCCCUCGGGGGGCAAGGCCUAUCAGAAACUUAUGGAUGAUGAGGAGACAUUUGCUGCCGGAGGAUUCCACAUGCCUUCUGCCGCUAAGGGAGCCUCUGCUCAAGGAAUGGGCUUUUCUCUGAAGUUUUGAAUGCUGGGUGCCUGAUUGACACAGUCUGGUGAGAGUGUGUCGGAGUGGACUGACAAUCUGAUGGAAGUGUGUAGAGACGGACUGAUGGAAGUGUGUUGGAAGUGGACUGACAGUCUGCUGGAAGUGUGUUCGGGUGAACUGGUAUGUGAUGGAAGCGUGCUGGGGUCAACUCAGAAAGUCCGCCAUUGUUUACAAAAGGACUCCUCCAACCAAGAGGAGUUAUUCUAGAAUGUAAUAGAAACAAUUUUCGAUGGAUUAGGCCUCUAGAAAACGCUGUCGCAAUAGCCCCGGGGCCAGUUUGUUUACAUGGCAGUAUGGUGACAGAAUGCGACCCAAAGGAGUUUGCGGCGAAGCAGUGAAGGGGUUGAUCUGUGCUGCUAGCUCGUGGUGCAUGGGAUGGGAGAGUGAAAAAGAGACAGUUGGAUGGACAGACAGGUAGACGGACAUGGAGAGAGAGAGAGAGAGAGAAAGAAGGGGGAGGAGAGAGAGGGCAUUUACUGUCGAAAUUGUCUGAGACGACCACCCAUUGUGUCGAGGAGAAAGUGGACCAUCCUUGCACUGUGUCAUUAUAUAAUGUAAACAAUACGCAAGGGGGGGAAUGGGAAGUUGCCGAUUUUUUUAACAGGUGAUGGCCUUAGUCUUGUAGAGGUGGCUGUCAGAGCAGAUUCAACCGUAUUUGCUUUCAAUAUAUAUAUAUAUAUAUAUCAGUUUUGUCUCGUGUCAGCUUCAGAAACAAAGGCAUUGAGUGAGCACAAAUACUUGACCGCUGUAUUUAUUUGACGUGUCUUGCAAGUUGACGAAAUCUAUAAACCUUAUGUCCCUGAUAUUGAUCCUGAACAUCUGCUCUCAAUAGUGCUUUUUGUCAUCAUGAGUUUUGUUUUGUUUUUUUAAUCCAUAAUGUUGAAGUAAUCAUAUUAUCAUUAUAAAAUGUUCAUUCCUUGAAAUGUUUGGUAAAGACAUUAAAAAAUAACUUGUCUUGGAGACACUAUGUGUUUUCUUUUCUCGUGAUGCAAGUCUCAUCUUGACUGUUUGUGUGACAUCGUGAUAAAAUCGGGCGCUCGUCAAAAUAAGGAAAUCGAAGAAACCAA